CACCCCUCCCACUGAUCCACAGCAAUUCAUUUAGAAACUUAGUGACUAAGGAAAUCUCUCCCUCUCUCUCGCUCCGUCCCUCCCUCCCUCCCUCCCCGUAUCAGCUCAUUCAACCCUACCUCAGAAAAUAAAAAUAUAAAAGCCACCACAGAAGAAAGGAAAUAAAUUCCCUCCUUUUCUUUUCUUUCUCCUUCUCUCUCUCUCUCUCUCUCUCUCGUUGCUUUCUUCUCUCUGAAACCCCUUGUGCGUGUGAUUCUCCACCAUCUAUAAACCCCAUCAACCUUUUGCAAAAAAAAAAGAAAAGAAAAGAAACAAAGCCAAAAAUAAACCCUCCAUCCAACCAUGGUUUUUCCAUCUGUUCCUGUCUACCUAGAUCCGCCUAACUGGAACCUGCAGCAAGCGCAUCAUCAGGCCGGGAGCAGCAGAGGUGGCGGCAGCGGCGAGGCUUCCCAGCUCCCUACGGGAGCGGUCGCACCGCGCCCGGAGGGCCCGAUGGCUGGCUCGAUCCGGCCUGGAUCCAUGGCGGAGCGCGCCCGCCUGGCCAAGAUCCCCCAGCCGGAGCCGGCGCUCAAGUGCCCGCGCUGCGACUCCACCAACACCAAGUUCUGCUACUUCAACAACUACUCCCUGUCACAGCCCCGCCACUUCUGCAAGACGUGCCGCCGCUAUUGGACACGCGGCGGGGCGCUUCGCAACGUCCCAGUUGGUGGCGGCUGCCGCCGCAACAAGCGAACCAAGUCCGCCGGCAGUAGCUCCUCCAAGUCUUCAGCUGCCGCCACCGCCAGCGCUGCAGACCGCCAGGCCUGCGCCUCCUCUUCGACCUCCUCCACUGCCGCAUCGGUCGGUAUCGGCGGUGCAAUCCCAUCCAACCUCUCUAUGCCGCCCCAGCUGCCGUUCAUGGCUGCCUCGUUGCACCCACUGGCAGACUAUGACGCGCCCAACAUCGGGUUGAGCUUUGCCGGGAUCCAACCGGCCGAUGUGGUCGACUAUCAGGUGGGGAUCAGCAGCAGCUCGGGCGGUACUGGCGUUGGGUUGGAGCAGUGGAGGCUUCCGCAGAUCCAGCAGUUCCCUUUCUUGGGAGGGUUAGAACCCACGCUGCCACCACCGGCACCAGCUCCUGGGCUUUUCCCUUUUGACGGAGAAGGUGGCGGGAUCGUUGGCGGAGCGUUCGCCGGGCCGGUCCACAUGAAGGCAACUGGCUCUGGGCUCAUCACACAGCUGGCUUCAGUGAAGAUGGAAGACAACCGACGGGGGCUCAGUUUGCCUAGACAGUACCCAAGCGUUCCCCGAAAUGAUCAAUAUUGGGGCGGCGGCGGCGGCGGCGGUAGCAGCGGCGGCGGCGGCGGCGGCUGGGCAGCAGACCUCUCGGGUUUCAACUCUUCAUCAGCUGGCAAUCUCUUGUAGUUCGUGGUAACCAUAUACUUGGAAGCUUAAUUUUUUCAAUGGCUUCACGGAAGGAACUGCUUGACUGGAGAAAGGAGAAGAAGCAACGGUAGCUGAUUAGUCCUACAAAAACCUUUCUGAACUUGCAUCGAUCGGUCUCGAUAGGUCUAAAAUGGUGGGUGACAUCCGUUCAACAAGUUGUGAAAAACUUUAGAAACGGUAGGCAGCUCUUGUCUUUGAUUUAUUUUGGGUUGGUGUUUUCCUACGUCUUUUUUCCCCCGUAUCUCAUAGUAUGGUUGCAAAAAUGUGGUGCAUGCGCAAGUUCAUGGAACUUGGUAUCUCUGACAUGCAGAGCUAGUUGUUACAAAUGAGCAGGAGCAUUGUGUUCUGGAAUAAUUAUUUCCUGUGAACAUCAGCACUCAUUGUUUUGUCAUGUGAUGAUCUCUGUCAACAGUAGCACCCCAAUAGUUUUACAAGUAUCUCUAUGCGAAUUGUUCAUUGAAGUGUAUGCUUAUUUA